AUCUCUCUCUGUUUGCAUUGUUUAUAUAUAAUAUGAUCGGAGCCAAAAGGUAGAGAACUAUCACUUCGGCUAAUUGUGAUGAAGAGUGUUUUAAAUCAUUAGUUUUUGAGGUUUUCAGAUUCGUUUCAUACAUUGAACUCACUGGUUCUUUGUCAAAAGAAACUAUCAUAAAAAAGAUUCAGAAAUAGCGUUUCCUUCAACAGCUUCUCAAAUGGCAGAAGAAGAAAUGAGAAAGCACCUUGUGCUGGCCAAACCUUUUUCGUUGGAAGAUGAAAAAGAUUCUGAACACACUGCUUCGAAUGUCAUCCGCAAGAUCCUCAGCCUCUUUAAGACCGUACGCCCAGGAUCUGAUCUCACCAAUUUUCAGCUGCCACCUCAGCUGAACCUACCAAGAUCACAACUCCAAUGUUACGGCGAGAUGGUCUACAGCUUCGUCGGUCAGGAUCUGCUUGGGGAAUGCAGCCGCCGUGAUCUUCCCAUUGAACGGCUCAAAUCAGUGGUGACGUGGAACAUCUCCACACUCCGUCCGGUGGUCUUUGGCAUGUCUCCGUACAACUCCGUUCUCGGCGAGACUCACCACGUAUCGAACGGUCACAUCAACGUCAUCGCCGAACAAGUAGUGCAUCAUCCUCCGGUUUCCGCUCUUCAUGCGACUCACGAACAAGAAAAUAUCGACGUGACAUGGUGUCAAUAUUUCACUCCUAAAUUUCGUGGUACUCACGUGGACGUUGAGGUAAAGGGUAAAAGGGUAAUGAAGCUUCUGAAUCAUAUAGAGACUUAUGAGAUGGACCAACCGAGACUAAUAAUGAGAUUCUUACCGGCGCCGGGAGCUUACUGGGCCGGAAAAGUGAAAAUAAAGUGUCCGGAGACUGAUCUCGAAGCUGAGUUACAUUUGAUCUCCGAUUCAUUCAUUGAAAGAUUCAGAGGCAACAACAACAGAUCAAUAAAAGGAAAGAUCUUUGAAUCUUCCUCUGGUAAUCAGCUCUACAACAUUUUUGGCCAUUGGGACAGGUAAAAAACAUAGUCGUUAUUACAGCUCUUAAAAACCAUCAUUAGCUUUGAAUGAUGUGAUACGCCUCCCAUAAAUAUGUUUCAGAACGGUAAUGGCGAAAAAUAUAAAGACUGGUGAGCUCGAGGUCAUUUACAAUGCCAAGGAGAAUAUCACAGGACUCAAACCUCCAACAGUCAAGAACCUGGAGGAGGUAACGGAGAGCGAGUCGACAAUGGUGUGGAGUGAAGUAAGUGAAGGAAUACUGAAGAAAGAUUGGGAAAGAGCAAGAGAAGCUAAGAUAGUUGUGGAGGAGAAGCAGAGAGCGUCUUUAAAACAGAGAGAGGCUUCUGGUGAGUCAUGGGUUCCCAAACAUUUCUUAGUGGUCAAAGACGGUAAAGACUGGGAUUGUUCACCGCUACAGCCUACGGUUCCUCCGGCGCCACUCGUCAUCACAUAGGAGCAAGGACGAAUCAUUCACCGGUUUCAAGAUUCCAAAACUCUAUGUUGAUAAUUAUAGGUUUUGAAAUUAUAAAUAAAUAGAAAAAUAGGUUGAUACUUGAUAAUGACAUAUCCGUCAAUAAGUAUUAAAGAUGAAUGAUGUUUUUUGUCAAUUCAUUUGAGGUUGAAUGUGUGAGUGAUACGUCAGGCUUUUGAGAAAAAGAGUUCUUAAAUACUAUAUGUCUAUAUGAGAUUUUUCACCUAUGUAAUAACAGAAAAUAUUUUGUUUUUCCUCUACAAAAUUAUUUAUAAUCCAUUAAAUUUGAA